AGUUACAGGCCAUUAUUUGAUUUUGUUUGUUGACGGUCGCGACAACGACUAUUUGAGUGCUCGAUCCCAGCAACGCCGUCACGAGAACGCAAAACGAGUUUGGUGAAACGGGUCCGAUAAUUUACACGCAGGCGUCGCCGCAGCAGCCGCACCAACAACACCAGCAGCUGCUGCAUUGGCAGCAUCGGUAGCAAUACAACGGUAGCAGUGGCACCACCAGCAACAGUGGCUAUCACAAACGCAGAAGCGGUGGCAGUUAAUUGGCAUUCGCCUACUUGCAAAGCUUACCUACGUGUAGACGCGCAAUAACCCCGUCGCAAAGUAGCACCGAUCCGAUCCGUUCGUUGUUCAGUGCAUAAACCGCGGCCGCAUCAAUGUCCUAUCCGGUUCCGAUUGCCUGCGAGAUCAUUGCUGCGGAUUAAUUCGCAAGUCAACCGCGUUAUAGGAAUGAACGGCUUGAUUGGUGGCCACGUCCCAAUAGGCUAACGGUGCUGUGCAGUUAAGUGUGAAAUCGUACGAUCAGACAGCAAAAGUGUUGGAAAAUCGAAUAGCAAAACAAAAACAAAAAUUUAUCACUCGUCUAAUAACAACGCGCAACUGUUUAAAUGAGUGCUGUGAUUUAAAUUAAAUAUAAAAAAAUUUUACAUCUACGUACAUCUUAGAUGAAUUCUACUGCAAAUCAAAACAACAAAAGAUGUCCAUGAAAAAUGAAGUGUGCUUCUGCGCCAGCUAGAAAUCGUUACAAUCGAUUCGAUUAAGUUUUUGAUGUGUUUAGUGAACUUGAUUUAUCAUACACACAUACAUAUAGUACAUACAUACGCACAUACACAUGCACGUAUUGUUAAAUUAUCUUUCGUUUGGUGUUGCGAGCUCCAGCGCAUAACAGAUUUAUAGCUGUUGUUGUUCUCCUUGUCGCUCUUGUCGCUUUUGCCGCCGCCGCUGAAAAUUACACAAAACUCGUGGCCCGGAAUAGUAUGCGAAAUUGUUCACAGUGGAUUCAACGAAUAAAAUGGCCGUUGGACCGACGGAGGGCAAGCAACCUCCUUCAGAGACAUUCUCGCCCACACAUCAGAUUAUAGCACCCAGCCCAAUAUUGGCAGUGCCGACGCUCGCCUUCUCCGCCGCGCAAGUGGAAAUCGUCUGCAAAACCCUGGAGGACUCCGGGGACAUAGAGCGUUUGGCGCGCUUCCUAUGGAGUCUACCGGUGGCCUUGCCGAAUAUGCAUGAAAUAUUGAAUUGUGAAGCCGUACUCAGGGCGCGGGCGGUUGUGGCCUAUCACGUCGGAAAUUUCAGGGAGCUUUAUGCAAUAAUAGAAAAUCAUAAAUUUACAAAGGCAUCUUAUGGCAAAUUACAAGCAAUGUGGCUCGAAGCUCACUACAUUGAAGCGGAAAAGUUGCGCGGCCGAUCACUGGGUCCUGUGGAUAAAUAUCGCGUUCGAAAAAAGUUUCCUCUGCCACCAACCAUUUGGGAUGGUGAACAAAAAACACAUUGCUUUAAGGAGCGAACGCGAAGUUUGCUGCGAGAGUGGUACCUUCAGGAUCCGUAUCCGAAUCCAACAAAAAAACGUGAAUUAGCGAAAGCAACCGGCCUCAACCCCACACAAGUUGGGAACUGGUUCAAAAAUCGAAGGCAAAGGGAUCGUGCAGCUGCUGCCAAAAAUAGAAUACAACAUAAUCAAAACAAUUCCGGCCACCUCUGUCGAAGUCGUCGACCGGAAGGAGUUCCUUCUCCAAUAGCAUCGGACACAUCAGACUCGGACAUUUCAUUGGGCACCCACUCACCUGUUCCUAGUAGUAUACAACUACAACACAGUCCGGGCUCCACAUCGAAUGGCGCCAACGAUCGCGAAGAGAGUCUCAGCAUUGAUGAUGAUAAACCACGCGACUUGGCCACCUCUAUAUCGGCCAGCCAUUUGGUAGCAGCAUCCACAUACGCCACAACCGCACCGCUAUCCACCUGCUUGCCACCAUUCAAACUGGACACAGCCACCAGCCUCUUCAAUGCCGGUUGUUAUUUGCAAAGUUUUAGCAAUCUCAAGGAAAUGUCCCAACAAUUCCCGAUACAGCCGAUCGUCAUCAGGCCACAACCACAAUUGCCAGCUCAGGCGCAUAGCUUGAAUGGCAGCCACCUGCACGUCGCCAUCAAUUAUCCGCCACCUGCUUAUGCGGUGGAUUGCACACCACCGAAAAUUCGCGUCAAUUCUCCAGAAAAGCUCAACUCCACCGCCAACAGCAUAGCGGCGACACUGAAUACCGUUGCGGCAUUACAGGACACUUCUGCGUACCAACAUCAUCACCAUAGCGCACAGCUGCUGCAUCGACCAUUCUCCACGUCGCCGGACUUACCGCACAACAAUCACGAUGCCGCUCCGCCGGAGAUCACAUGAUACAACAGCCGUCGGCACCCAUACAAGCACUAAUACUCGGCAACAGUAUAACUUUGUAGUAGAACUCCCCAAGCGGAACCCUGUCUGAAGUGUGUGUAUAUUGUUUGAAGAAUGCGCCAUUUUCUUAAUUCGAUUUCCCAUUUUUUAGCUUUUAUCGAACUGGUUUGCAUAUUUUAGAGAUUUCCGUUUGACAAAAUAAUAUUUGGAUAACUCAAAAGUGGUUAAAUGUUGAAGAAAAAUUUUAUUUUCUUAUUCUAUGUUCAAUAAAAAAAAUCGUUGACAAAAGGAAGGAGAUAUUUUCAUUGGAUACCCAUCAAAAUUUCAUUUGGAGCUACUGCUGUGUUUUUGAAGAGAACUGUUUGCAUUCGAGACAUGAGUUACUCACUUGAAAGUUUCUCAGCGGAGACGAAACUGUAGAAUACAAAGUUGAAUAGUAAAAUUAAAAAAAAAAAUAUUUUUUCCCCGUGCUUGCAUAAGUGCAAUCCAUGGUGAAAAGAUUUUUAGAGGUGUACUGCCUAGCAGACAGUUAUUCGGCUCUGAGCGAAUUGGAUAGAUCGUCCCCUUAGUAUAACAAUAACCUAUGUGCUCAUAGGCUAUUAUUUUUUUAUUGACUUUUUGGAUUCUCCAUCGUCGAUUUUAUAUGU